CCCACCUCGCACCGUCUUCUGCAAUCCCCUUCAUCGACCUUUUCUUCUUCUCAUCGCCUUCCACUGUAAAACGGUCUUUGGCAGCCAAGCACAGCCACAUGGACAGCCCAGAAACGCCAAGCCUUUACUCGCUCGCCUCAGUGCCACCAGCUUCCUCGAGAUCUUAUACAUACGAACCAUCCGCACCACCUUCAGCACCGCCUUCAGCACCAUCCUCCGCGCCACCUGAGACUUUUGUAUCGCAUUCUGCGUCACCGUCAUCCUCUGCGCUCUAUCCAAAUAUCGCCUAUUCUCCCUCAGCACCCCCAAGACCGGCAUUCACUCCCCUAUCGGUUCAGGAGCCAUGGUAUGCUCCGUCUCAUAACCCCAUUGCGGCAGAUCUUCAAACUGAGCGACUCUAUCCCUUAGAGCCCUCAGGACCACCACGUUUUGGCUCGCCUCCGUAUCAGGCCCAGCAUCAGUCAUACCCUCAUGAGGCAUUGCAGCCGUACCGAGUCCUUGAGCGGGUACAGGGUCAUCAGCUCCAUCAACCUCGACUUGAUCUUGAUCUCAAUCUUAACGGUCUUCGUGUCGAGGCAGAGCAAUCUUCAAGCCGUCUUCGGGAGCUUUACACUAAUAAUUACCUGAAGACCUUCUCUCGAAGACUUGCAGAGUAUGCGAGCAUCCGUGCCAAGGACGGAGAGACUGAUGCGUUCUCUGAACGCAUGAAAUCCUAUGAGGCUGCACACGAAGCCGCUCAGCAAACCAGGCUGGCGAUUUUCACACUACAGCAAAAGGCCAAGGGUUACGCGAGCAAACUAUGGACCGUGCAGACAAAGUCCGGGGUGGCAAAGGCCAAUUGCGGCGAUGGGGCGACCAUUUCUCACAACUACAGCUACCGAUAUGGACAUUACGAACCAGAUGUUGCAGUCAAACUCAAGAAAAUGCUGAGUCGACAUGUCAAGCAGAGAACAAAGAUCUUGACUCAGAUGCAGUUCGAAGAGACAACCUGCCGUCUCUGGAUUCAAGACCAUAUCGCAACAUUUUUGAGUAAUAUUUCGUGGAAAGAAGAUAAUAGCAUUGCGGCAAAGCAGAAUGUUGGCAGGACACCGCGGGCAGAGAGUCAUUCGAACGAGCAGAACCUGGAGCGCGUCAAGAGCUAUCUCGACAUUCUCUUCCAAUUUGAACGGGCUGUUCGGCGACAACCAGAUUUCGAAGCCGAGCUUGACGGGUUGAACACUGACAUAAAUGGCCCUAAUUCGCCACUGGACAACGUUGGCAGUGACUCUGGAGGAACAAGAGUGAAUUUACUUGUACGAUCUAUUCAGGACUGGAUAUCUCUUCUGGCGGCGGUUAUAUUGCAGUACGGCAGUUUCUUGGAUUACGAAUACCUUACCAUACAAGUGCUGCGUACGCGCCAAGUGUCAAGCUGGGCGACUAGCUUUAUUCAAUGCAGUGUGCCGGCAGUUUGGACGAGCAUGUUCCAGGAUUACUACAUCACAGCGCUGGAGCUCGUACUGCGCAGCACCUCAAUAAACAAACAAUCCUCAGCGAGGUCGACGGAUUUCCUCUUGGACACGGCACUCGUGCUUAGCCCGGAGCUGGAGGAGGAGGAUUAUCUAGGCAUUCUGGAUCAAUUAGGCAUCACGCUGUUCCUCAACCGGUUAUUGGUAGAGCACAAGGACAUGCAUAACAAUGAUGGUUCGAUUUUUCAAAAGGAGCUUUCUGAGCGCGCUGCGAUACGGCUCCUUACUACGACUCGACGCUUGUUUGAUAUUGUCCUGCAUGGCUUGCAGCGUCUGACAAAGUUCGCUGUUGUUUCGAAGCGGAUCUCCCAGCUCCUGUGCCAGCUAUCGCAAAUCCUAGGCGAUCACCUAUUGGUUCUUGGACCGAUGCAGCCCGCCACCAAGGCAAACAUGCAAAUAUCUUUGGACAGGAACUUAACAAUGACACCCCAGAUCGGAGUUGAUCAUAUAUUAGUGGACGUUACGAGAGCGCUGCUUGCAUUGCCUGGUCAUGGUUUUUGGACAUUUAUACCCUCGCUCCCUUUCAAGUUCAUGUCCAGUCCGACUGUUUUGCUGGUGCUGGAAGAGAUUGCCCUGGACAAUGUUCAGCAGUGGGUUGGGGACCCUACAACAUUGGUUUCAGUUACGCAAAAGGCGAACAAGCUGCGACAUACACUCGGUGGCAAUCCAGGAGAGGCAGUAUUCAUGCUGACAGCCCUGGCCAACAUGGCGACAUCCAGAUUUCAGCACGAAGCCAGCUCUCAUUAUCUGGAUCAUACGUCCUUGGAGCACAAGAUUGCUGUAAUUGUGUCUUUUCUUCUGCUUGACGUCGCUUACUUGGACCAUGAUAUCCGCAGGGAGCUCAUGAAGCCGGCUCGUGAGAUUCUGAGCUCUGUGUGCGAUUCCCGUCCCGCAAUCAUUUCCUCAAUCCUCUGCUUCGUGGAGGCGAAUUUUUCAGAGAUGAGAGAUACGGCCCAAUACCUAUUUCGCGGCUUGCUACUCGAUGAAUGGAAGUUAAGCGACGGCGAUUUUUUAGCACUCAAGCGGUUGUUCCUUACAUCUCCGCUGAGCAGCCAACAAUCCAUGUUCGCCCGCUAUGUUUUUUGCUCGCUACGCUGGACCUCAGUAGAGGACGACACUACGUCCGACGAGGAUGAUCGAGCGAGAAUAUCGCCUGUAUUCAGAAAGGAUCUGGCUCUUGCAAUGGCGGAUAUAUGCAUUCAGAACCUGAGCAGUUUCCACAAUAGCGAGGCAGAGUUCACGGAAAGCAGCAAGGAUGUUAAAGAAGAUUUCACAAACAGCCUUUCGCGGACCAAAUCAUCCGACAACAAAUUUGUCUCGUCGUUUGCUUCGAGUCUCCCUCAUGCGAUCACAAACCUCGCGGCUCAUUCGGGAAUCCACCGUUCUGCAGAACAGAUCUCAAUGAAGACUUUCAUGGAAUGGUGCUGGGGCAUGCUUGGGAAACUGGAUUUGACAGAAGUGCCAGUUCUGUCUUUGGUGGAGGCUUCUCGACUGCACGUACAGGACUCAGGGUUGGCAAAAUACCCACUCUUCAGUCAAGGCCAGCUUACCUUAAUCAACACAAUCCACCUGCUGCUGACACCGGCCAGUCGAGAUGCAGAGCAAUUUCUUCAGGAGGGUUGGACGACUCUGAUUGCGAUUUUGCAGACAGGAGCGGGAUCUGUGUUUCUGGAGCUGGCAGGAAAGCUGAUUCCUUUGGUUAUUGCCUCAGGAACCGACAUGGACGCACAUGCCAGGCGGCUCGGUCAGGUAUUGCAUGAGCUGGCAACUUGGAAACAUGACCCAUUUCUUGCUGCGGCUGGAGCUCAUCUCGUUGAAUCACGGGGUUUGUUUCCGGCAAUGGUUCCCAAGGAGCUUGUGGGAGUAUGGUGCCUUCUUAACUUCCAUAUCGAGAACAGCCGAGCCCGAUCUGACGAUCCUUCAAAAGUCCUAAAAUUCUGGAUGUCCGCGGUAUUCUCUCAAAAAGAUUGGAUGGUCCACCAGGAGUAUGUUCAGUUUCUGGACGUUGUCUGUCUUCGGUGCUUCGAGCUGGGGCUGGAUGCGCUUAUUAAGGACGCGCUUAUGGAACAACAGAUCUUGCUCUCGAUCGACUUCCGGAGAGCGCCGGGCAUGUCUGCUGAGCUGAUGGGACUCGCUCAGCCAGGAUUGGAUCGUGUCAUGGACAUGCUGCCAGAGCGCCUGUUGAAGACGUUACCUGUUCCACAGGGAUCGAACGACCCUAGUCUGCUGAUGGGUACAUGGUCCGUUAGGUCGUUCGCGAUGAAUCUGCUUACCCAGCAGGCGAUGGUGGAGUCGACCUCGAUAUGGUUCGCAUACUAUGUCCUGUCGAUCGAGACCACCCUGGAGAAAGAUAUGAGGAUAAAAAUCGGAAACUAUUAUAAACAGCACCUGGGAGAGCUCAAGGCGCAUGGCAACAUUAAGUCGGUAAUGAAGACGCUAGGGAUCACUUCUCGGAAGACUUUACACAAUUUUUCGAUCUGGCGCUGGGCGCAGCACCUGCUUAUUCUUCCCUACGACACAUAUCUGCUGCCCCUGUUCUGGCAGAUGUUUUUCUAUCUUUAUUUUGGGCAUGUCGAGCAGCGGGAUCUCUUUUAUGGCUACAAGUUCCUGGAAACGAGCCCGGAUAUUGUGGAGCAGCUUCGGGACAAAUUGCAAAAUACGUACGCCUACUUUGGGCAGGAGGCACGGAAGGCGAUUCAGGAACUGGACACGAAUAAAGCAUCGUCCCUCACGGCGCUGCACGAGUUUUAUAUCGCCCUUCAUGGAUGGAUCAGCGAGCCGCUCCUACUGACUGCAGAAAUUGAUCUCAAGAGGAUUCGUAAGGAUCUGAUAGCGAGUCGUCUUAUGACUUGUCGACUGCCUGAUCCACUUGAGUGCAAUGCGGAUCUUUGGAAGGAUCUUCUCAUCGAAAGGAAGGCCCCUUCACAGCCAGUCUCGGGUUCAGGUACACCGCCGUCGUCAUCUCCUCAUCAACGACCGUCGUCGCAGAUUCUUAGUGGAUCGCCACGUCCAAGGACCGCGAGUUACGACCAAGCACGCGCCAUGCGGAAGCACAGCCAGGCGUGGCAGGAACAAAAGAUCAGCAACUGCCUUAUUCAGCAGUCGAAGCCAGGACCCGACUUUUAUAUACCACGGAUGCUCGUCCAGCCUGCCACUGUCGGUAGUACAUCGAGUCCGCAGGGCCUUUUCAAUCAAACAACCCAGGCCAUUCGGGAAUAUUGCAAGGCGUCUCAUACUUCCAUCAAGACUUAUGAGAGCCUGGACGCAUCAUACUUGUUGGAGCUCAGCGCGCUUUAUCACAACGAGAUCAAGACAACCAACCUGGAGAUUGCCUGCGACACAACCCCGAACACGCGCUGUCAACGUCCCGCGGUGAUCGAGCUCAAGUACGAGGAGAUCGUGCUUAACGAUAAAAUCAAGCGAUCCAUUGUCGAGAAUCGUGAACGAGCCCGAGCACUUCGACUGGGGAGCGUCGAGCACGGACUUUGCCUGGCUGCGUUAGAAAUCUUCAAGACGACCGAUGUCUUGUUGCAGCAUCUGAACUCACGUCCUGACGACAGUGGGCUCUAUGACCUGCUAGUUCAAUCAUUUUAUUACCUUUGCAGGAGCCUUUUAGACGACGCACGUACAUACCCGCCAGCGCAUAUGGUACUUGCUUCAGUCGUAGAUUCAUUGGGAAUGGAGCUCGUAGCAAAGGACCCAGCCCAGACAGAGCCGAUUCUGAAUUUGAUGGGGAUGGAUGAUUUCACCAUUGCGGUGCUCUACAAGACCUUCUAUCCAGCUGCCGUUUCAUCUGAUUUUGUGAAGCUCUAUCAGCGUAUAGCGACAUGCAAGGAAUAUGGGCUGGCAUCGAAGGAUCUACUCUUAAGACAGUUUGAUGUUCAAGCCUGGGUCUGUAAACAUUCUGCUCCCGGGAAAAAGGAUAAACACGACGGACCAUCUAUCAUGGAUCGACUAGCGUUUUAUGAGGCUGCAUUUACGGCAAUGGUAGCUCAACAGCGACUCCAGAAGCAGGACAACCAGAUUCAGGAGGCGACGGAGCUCAGUACACGCGACCGGCUGGCCAUCAUCAAAUCACAUCGUGAGCUAGCAGGAACGUUGUUUCUCAACUUUUUGCAGCGGGAUUAUAUCGACUAUCUGAGGAUUCUAUUCGACACCUGUGGCACCAUGUGUCUCGAGCCAGAGGUGCUGGAGGACUUUAUCCGGAUCAUGGGUGUUGAGCCGAGAUUGCUUCCUGCCCUCCUUGACGAGGCAGACGUUGUAGACGAUACCGGGUCAUUGAUUAAGGGAAGCAAGGCAUAUACGAAUAUCGGGCUGCAAGAUUACGACUUCAAUCGCUUGGUCCAAUUCUUGGCGGAUUACUUUAACGGGUGCCAGGAGACAAUGGCUAGGAGUAAUUUGCUGGAUCGGUACAGUGGAUAUGCCGUGUCGAUUGCUUCCCUAUUGACAGUCGUGCUCUGUGAUGAACGUUAUCUAACCAAGUGGAUGCAACCGUCUCUGGAGUGCAUUGGAUACUCGACUGUGCACUACGCUCAAGAGGAUCGACCCUAUUCUGGCGGGGUACAGCGGUCAGGAGUAGAGCAUCUGGACCCGAGGCAUUGCAGGAUGUGGCAUGAUACUGUGAUGGUCUUCCAGCCUUGGAUCGCAUGUCUGACGAAACAUUCCGUGGAUGAGAAACGGUUCCAGCGGCAGCAGAGCGGCGCCAGCCGCCUGCUCUUCACGUUUGUAGGUGUUGUAUCCAAGAUGAUGGGUGCUCUCCAGUCCCAUUACCACGAUACCAGCCCCAUGCUGGCGGAGGUUUUCGAUUACUGGCUGGACAUGAUGUAUGAAAGCUCCGAGGGCGAAGGUUGCAUCAACCAGAUCAUGUUGAUCCACCAGCAUUUCCAUCGACUGGAGUGGAAGGGCCUGGAGUUAUCCAAGGAGCGCGUGGAGAGGAUCAUCGAGGUGGCAGCUGAACUGGAUAUGGAGGUCAUGCUCGAGUUUUGGACUUAUCUGACCACGAUGGUCAUGGAAAAGGCGGACUCUGAUCUGCGGCCACAGGGACUGCAAGACGGGGCGCACAGGGGUACGAUCGAGUGGCAUCAAACUGAGGCGGCGUUUUUGAAGCUCGGUCUGAUGAUCUUGCAAGAUAUCGAUCUGAUUGCCGGUAACGACGCGGAAAUGAGACAGCAGUGUUUGGACCGGCUUUGUAAAACGAUCUUUGAUGCCGGUGACUGGUCUUUGCUCUCGACGGACGAGCUGAAAUCUCAAGUGGAAUCACUCAAGGACCUCUGGGACCGUGCCGGAACAUGGGAUGAUCUAUCCAGUCCCUUGGGCUUCUUGCUCUAUUGGAUGCGAAUCGCCGUAGGUCUGGAGAGCACAGAUCUGAACGAAUUGGACGACGAUACUGGCGUUGAGAGUGGCACUCGCUUAAGUCAGGAGAGGGUUAUGGUCUACUUCGAGUAUGUCCUGCGCCUGCUUCAGGCCCGCUUGGCGUCUUCGGCGGAGGAUUCUCAGAACGUGAACUACAAGAUGGACUCAAUUCCGCUGGUAAUUGCUCACCUUGGACAGGUCCUUGACCGCAUUGCUGGCAGUCGCUACGAAGAAAAGCAUCCUGCGAUCUACCGACCACUUUUAAGUCUUAUCAGUGUGUUGAACCAGUCCGAGAGAGGACCCUCUGUUGCUACCUCAUCGCCACCAUCAUACGUCCAGUCAUUCGACACAGUUCAGUGUGGGCUCCGGAAGAUGAUCUCAGAUGUAGGGGUGAUUCAGCUGGAUAUUGUCAAAGUCGUUUGCCAAAGGGCCAACUCGAUUCCGGCUAUGGUCAAUCUUUUGGAGGAGGCUAUCGAACACGAAUUCGAUCUCUGGGAUGGACAACAGGGUUCAUCUUUCAAUGGAUCAGCUUCCGGAGGCCAUUCUGUCACCUCUGGAUCUAUUUUUGGACUGAAGGAUACCGCAGUGCAGCAGAUGGUGUCCCCAAUUCAGAUAAUGGGUCACUCGCGAGCUAUGCAUCGGCACAGUAGUAGCUCUGGUGAUCCGCAGAAUGGAGGUCGACAAUCGUGGAGCAGGAUCAAGGCUCAGAUACAGGCACCGGAAUUAAGCGAGGACGAGUUCUUGGAGCAGGCGUUAAAGCAGGGUGCAAUUUUGACGAUCUACGGACGGUUUCUGCAGCGACUUGAGGACUGUGAGCAGAGUCUUGAUUUUGAUGAGAUACUAGGACUGGGACAGGAGCUGGCGGAGGUGAUUUCGAAGUUGGAUCUGAUGGCGAUUGAGCCGUGGAAGGCGUAUCAGAGCCUGCUGCUGCUGAGAAUGUUCUUCACCCUCGUGGCCAAGGAGUCCGUUCAUAGCAUUGUGCAAAGCCGUUUCUUGAGCUCGCUGAAACAGGUGUGCAGAACUCUGGAAGUUUGGUAUCAGGAUCGAGAUUCCACGAAAGGAAUGCUUAGCUCCAUUGGCAUGGGCACACGGUCCAGUUUCGAUACGAAGUUUAGGUUGGUGGUCCGGAUCAUCUACAUCUAUGUGGUCGUAAGACUCGCAGACAAGAACAUCUCGAUCCAGCCAGGAAACGGCCCAGGCGGUGGUGUGUUGGCAUGGCGUAAGGGAAGAUACAAUACCACUGAUGGAGCCGGGUUGCCAUCCCCUGAUACCAAGAGCACUGGCAGGGAUGCGAGUGUGUCAUUGAUCGAAUCUUUAGCCCAAUUACCGGCCAGAAACAAGGAUUAUGCUGCGAUUUUUGUCAUGCCAGCAGCAACGACGAGUAGUGCGAUCACGGUUCCUGCAAUUGCCGCAUCCAUGUCCAUGAUUCCAGCGCUGGCGUCCUCACCUCUAGACCUUGUCAAGAAGACGAUCAUGUCGCCCUCGCUAUCAUCGACCAGCGCUACCUCGCCUCCACGGCCGUUAUCUUCAUCGCCGUCUUCAUCAUUCAUAGGGUCUUCUUCGCGUCCGCUUCUGAGGGAACGAAAGACGAGCAGCCAGUCGAGCAAACGCUUGUCGUUCCAGAGGCAUCAUUCUCGGUUCUCGUUGGGCGGGAGCAGUUGGGACGAUAGCACAGGAUCUUUAUUGCACUUUGCAGGUAUGUCUGAACCCAAUGGCGCUCCUUCCUCCGGUCAGAGACUCAUGGCGACCCAGAGGAGGUUUGGAACAACAGCAGCAACAGCAACAGCAACGAGUUCUGGUUCUGCUAGUGCACUGACAGAGCAUCGAAUGCGGCUGCAACAUGGUACCAAGAACGGGACGCAAGACCUAGACUGGGCGGUGCAGCAAAUCAAGGACCGGCGGUUCAGGAUCCUGGAGGCCGGGGAGGUCCUGACAGAGCUUAUGGAUAGGUUCUAUGAAGACGACGAUUACUUUUUAUAGACACCUCUUUCCAGUCUAAAUGCUAAAGAAAAUAUACUUUUUUCUAUGUCCACUACGGCG